CGGCACCGUUUUACCCAAGCCUCUGCCCUCUAGUUCUGUUCUGCAAACGAAACCGAAUCUAGCAUCGUUCACCUUCCUUCCUUCACUCGUUUGGUCACUGAAUCGAAGAAGAAGAAGCGAGAGACACUGCAAAAUCGAAACCCUAACAAUGGCGUUCGAGAUGCCAUUGGAUCAGAUAAAGCAACUACGUGUUCUGCUCCGCAAAGAGGCCAACCUCUCAUGGUACGACCCCGAGAAGGAGGAAAAUCUCGCGCUCCCCAAGCUCCCUUCCGUCGCAGAAACCAUAGCGAAGCUCGAUCCCUCGCCGCCAUACCUCCGCUGCAAGAAUUGCAAUGGAAAACUCCUUCGCGACCUUCAAUCUUCCGUCUGCGUCUUUUGCGGCACCAAUCCCCUCAGGGACCUCCCUCCCGAACCCAUCAAAUUCAAGAACACCAUUGGAUAUCGAUGGCUACUCGAGUCGCUUCAACUUGACGGAUCGGAGAUGGUGGUGUCCAUGGUGGAUGAAAAUGCAUGGAACAGGGGGAGGAGUGCAAUGAAAGAUGAGAUCCCCUUAUCUGAACUGCUAGAUUUGGAAAUUAGAUGGCCUUCUGAGGCAGAGAGAGCUCAGUCGAGUAUUUCGGAUUCCACAGCAUUUCAGGAGAAAAGUUCAUUGAGUUUGGGUGGAGUUGAUCUUGAUAGUUUUUUUGAACGCAGGGGGUCUGAUUCUGAUGUGUUUGAACAGAACAUGGCUUCUGGAAAACAAGGAAGUAGUGCUUCAGAUAGCUCUUACCAAAUGAAAGAAAAUCUUAGUUUGUUUCAGAAUGUUCAAGCUUCGGAAGGGGCUGCAGGGUCUGCAGAAAAUCAGAAAGGUGAUUCGUUUUCUGGUUGGGAGGCCAGCUUUACGUCUGCUAGUUCUGGUCCGGUUCAUGAAGGGGCCAGAUCAGUUGAUCAUUCUAAUGUUGAAUCAGAUACGGCAUCUGGAUUCUGGAAAGAUUCUGUUGAUGUAAGAAAGAAUGAUGAUUUCAAUCCUUCAACAUCCAUGGAACAUGAUUACUCUCAGGGAGAUGGAUGGAGAACUUCCAACUUGGAAGCACAUACCCAGACUGGGAAAUCAGAAUUGACCAUGGAUCUCCGUGGUAUGAAAACAACAGAAAAUGCUAAUGGUUCUAGUAGAAAUCUUGAUUGGAUGCAGGACAAUCAACAGCUAGGGAGUGAUAACAAGAUAACUGAUACUGCAGCUACUGCUGAAGAUAAAUAUUCAUUUGAUGAAUGGAAUGAGUUUACUGGCUCAGCUAGCAUGCAAGAUCCUUCUAAUACUAUUUCCAGCUCAAAGACAACUGGCCAGAGUGGAAAUUUUGGAUAUUCUGUUGAUUUUAAUGAUAAAAAAUCAGCAGUGGAUGUUAAUAGCUCUUCUAACAAGGAUUUUGACUGGAUGCAAGAUCAGUGGCAACAUAACAAUAACAAGACUACUGAUACCAUCAGUGCUAAUGAAACUGCUGACUCAUUUGAUGUAUGGAAUGAUUUCACUGGCUCAGCCAAUACACAACAUUCGCCCUUUGGUGUAUCCAACUUAGAGGUAACCGGCCAGACUGGUAAAUCUGAAUUGACCCAUGGUCCUAAUGAUACCAAAACAGACGAAAGUGCUACUGGUUCUUCUGGUAAUUUUGACUGGAUGCAAGAAGACCAAUGGAAGGGGAGCAAUAGCAAGGCAACUGGUAUUGUGACUACUAAUGAAGUAGAUGAUUCAUUUGAUGCAUGGAACGAUUUUACUAGCUCAACUAUUUCACAAAAUCCUUCUGGUGGUGUUUCCAACUCUGUGAUUACUGCCCAGACUGGGAAGUCUGAAAUUACUGCUGAUCUUAAUGACAUGAAAACAGAAGAGGGUACUAGUGCUUCUUCUCGCAGAAGUUUUGACUGGAUGCAAGAUGACCAAUGGAAAGUCAGCAAUAACAAAACAGCUGAUACCAUGAUCACUAAUGAUAGUGAUUCAUUUGAUGUUUGGAAUGACUUUACUAGCUUGGCCCCUACACAAGAUCAUUCCAGCAAUGUUUGGAAACAAACAGUAAAUCAGACUUCUGAAAAGACAUCUGAAAUGAAUUUACUCAGUUUGUCAAACAGCUCACCUGAUAUAGAAUUUAGUGGGUCUUCACAACAUGAUUUAUUUUCAGGACAGUUUGGUAGUUCACUGAGUUCUCUUCCAGCUACUUCUUUAAACAGGAUGGCUGAAAUGGAUACCAGAGGAAACUCUGGAGAUGUAUCAACUGCAGUAGGGUCAAAAGACAAUGUAGAGAUGCUGAUGUCCCAGAUGCGUGAUCUCUCCUUUAUGCUUGAGAACAAUCUUUCAAUACCCCCAAAGUAAGAUGGAAAUAUGCCAUUUUCUCGUUAUUUGUAUCCAAAUAUUUUUCACAUAUAUUAUGAUUAAUUUUGUAAUCUGUAGCAUAUCCCCUUCUUUCUGUGUAUUUGUUCUUUUAUGAAGGGGCAGGGAAUAAUAUGGCUUUCAUCUACUGUUUGUAAUUCCACUCAAGCAUUUUUUUUGGGUGCAAUUUCCUAAAUUAGGUUUUGAUUGUAGAUCCAGCAUGUCGCAUGUCUUGUUUUGUAGAACUCUGCUACUGUAUAUUAGCUGUCAGUUUAUGUUGGGGGUGGUGAAUCUGAUUAUGAUUUUUGUUUAAGUUCUGAUUUGAGAGCGGCCUUUAAUUUUGUUGCUUGAGACUGUUCAGACAUUACUAGUUCCACAACCAA